AUGAUUUCUGAGGGCUGGAAACCCGUGGCAAAGGACCGCCUAGUCCCGCCCGGCGACUUUGCCAUUGUACAGUCGCGCCAGCACCCCUCGAAUUUCUGGAUACCCUCAGCCAGCAGCCCGUUUCCCUCUUCCGUGCCUCUUCUACGCAAUUUCGCCUUGUAA